AUUGUAGGACACCAAUGGCUUAAAACGAACCUGGACGUGAUACCGGAGUCCGGCUGGUCGGUGGACCCUUUCGGCCACGGUGGAACCAUACCCUACUUCCUGAAAGCCUCCGGUGCUUCCGGCACCGUCAUCCAGAGAAUACACUACGCCUGGAAGCAGUGGUUCGCGAAGAAACAGUACGGCGACUUCAUCUGGCUGCAUCCGUGGGAUCAGGAUGGCAAGGCUGACAUGCUCACGCAUAAUCAGCCGUUCGAUAUCUAUAACAUCAAGCACUCCUGCGGCCCACACCCCCAUGUCUGUCUCAGCUUCGACUUCAGGAAGAUCCGUGGCGAGUAUACCGAAUAUUCAGUCAGGGCAGUGGAGAUCACUCCCAGCAACGUGAAGAAAAUGGCGGAGCUGCUUCUGGAACAAUACUCCAGAACGGGGUCACUGUUCACGCAUAAUGUCGUCCUGAUGCCGCUCGGCGACGACUUCAGGUAUGACCAUGCCAUCGAGUGGGACCAACAGUACACCAAUUACAAGAUCCUGAUGGACUAUAUCAACAGCAGAAAGGAGGAAUACAACACAGAAGUAGUGUUCGGCACACCUAAAGACUACUUCAUCGAGAUCAGGAAGCGCGUGGAGAACUUCCCAACUUUGAAAGGAGACUUCUUCGUGUAUUCCGACAUCUUCAGCGAAGGCAGGCCGGCAUACUGGAGUGGCUACUUCACCACGAGGCCAUAUAUGAAGAUCCUUGACCGUGAACUGGAGGCGAACCUCCGGUCAGCCGAGAUCCUUUACACCAUCGCGUUAAACGUGGCCAAGCAGUCUGGCAAGGACUUUAUGCUGUACGAAACGUACUUCGAGAAGCUGGUGAAAGCAAGGAGGAAUCUGGGUCUGUUCCAGCACCACGAUGCUAUAACUGGCACUUCUAAGUCCUUUGUUAUGAAGGACUAUGCUUUAAAAUUGUUCGAGUCCAUCUCAGACACGACCAGUCUGCAGAGCUUCGCUAUUCAAUCUCUGGCUGGGAGCACGACCAAGCCUAACUCCGUGUAUGUACUAGCUGAGUCGGAUAGGGACAGCUACGAGAAGUUACCAAAGAAAAUACCAAUUGGAGUCAGCGGUCAGGAGACCAAGAAGAUAGUCCUGUUCAAUCCUCUAGCUCAGCCUAGGCAGGAGGUGAUCAGUUUGAAGGUCACUUCCUAUAAGAUCAGAGUCCUAGACACGCAGAGGAACCCUAUUCCGUAUCAGAUAGCCCCGGUGAUGAACGCCACCAGUAUCACUCACGAUGUCUACGUUUUGUUAUUCGUGGUAGAGCUGAAACCUCUAGCCAUAGCCACCUAUCAUCUCCAGCAGAUAGAUAAAAUACCCAUGGAUGCCAUUUCCACCGUGUACUGCAGCAGAUGUGGCAAGGACAACAUAUUUCCCAUCAAACCGAUGCAAGUAGGCGAUGUUCAGUUAGAGAACCAAAGAAUGAAGCUAUUGUUUGACGGUCAGACCGGUUUUCUGAAAAGGGUAACCAAGAAGGCGACUGGCAAGAUCAUGCAAUGCGCCAUUCAAUUCGCUGCCUAUCCGUCCGCGCAGUUCCAUAGUGGAGCCUACUUGUUCAUGCCUGAUCCUAACCUCCGAGAUAACGACAAGGACGUCCUCGAGGCGUAUACACCCCAUCAGAAGAUCUACAUCGUUAGUGGAAGCCUCAGCUCAAGACUGACCGUCGAAUAUGGUAAACUGUUGACCCACCACAUGGCUAUUUAUCACAGAGACGAUGGAUUAGGCGAGGCUAUCUACCUGAGGAACAUCGUGGACUUUGAAACUCCGCCAAAGAAUCGUGAAACGGAGAUGUUCAUGCGGCUCCAGACUGAUAUACUAAAUGGAGAUCCUCCAGAAUUUUAUACAGACUUAAACGGUCAUCAGAUGAUCAAGAGGACAAAGAUAGAGAGGAUCGGCAUCGAGGGUAACUAUUUUCCCAUCACCACUAUGGCCUACAUAGAAGACACCAAUCAUAGACUUACUUUGUUGGUGAAUCACUGCCAAGGAGCAGCCAGUUAUCAGCCAGGAUGGCUAGAGGUCAUGUUAGACAGGAGAACGCUGUACGAUGACUCGAGAGGAAUGGGCGAAGGUCUUCUUGACAAUCGCAGAACUGUCAUCAAACAUUGGUUGCUGUUAGAAGACAUAAUUGGAGAGAAGGACAAGUAUUCGAAACCUUCUCUCUUCGCCAAUCAUCUGAGCAACGCUCUCAAUUACCCUGUGAACAUUUUUGUGGUGGAUGGAACAGAGGGCGACAUCACAAUGGCGCCAGAAGUUAGGCUGUUAAGUCAGAGCUUCCCCUGUGACCUGCAUUUGCUAAACCUGAGGACCAAUCACGAUCAAAAACUACCACAUUUCCCUGUGAAUAGCGCCCUUAUGGUACUCCAUAGACAAGGUUACAGUUGCUCCGUGGGUGUGGACGUGACCUUGAAGCACUGUCCGCUGACGAACAAGAUCGGCCAGGGAACGUCGUUCUUCAAAUUAGCGAAUCUGAACGUGACGAAGACCUCGCUAACUGGCACCACGACGAAAGAGAGGUUAAAGUACGGCCUGCAGGAGGUGAACCUGCAGCCAAUGGAGGUGGAGACGUUCAACGUGAACUUCGUCCAAUGAUACUGAGCCCAACAGCAGCGUUUGCCUGUCUUCUGAACAGGACAUUGCCCUGGUAGAUGCUACCUCUUCGGGUCUUCGUGCAAUCCACUGGAUUCGGAAAGGGGAAUUACCCUACAGAUGGCGCUGGAACCGUGUUCUUCUUGCCCCAUUUUUUACCUUGUGUUCCAUGGUCAGUCCAGUGUAUAUACUAGAUGCCAUGGCGAAGUUGACUGUGUCUGCACCAGUGUACAUACACACACCAGGCCACCAUACUGUACUCUGUUCCUUUUUUCAGUUGGGUUUCCAAUUAGUCAGACAGAGAUAGGAAGGGAGAGUCGACGUAGAAAGAGAAAUUAUACAGACUCGCUGUGUCCUCUGACUUCACGUACGGUUUAUACACUUCCCGUGCCCCUCGAAUCACUCUGAUCAACUGUAGGAACACGCAAGAGUCAGAACUCGUCUCUGAAGCCCAGUCUCUCGCCGCAGGAUUGUUCAUGCGUGUUUCCGCUGGUCGAUUUCUAUUCCCAGUUACCAUAGAGGGGCUGCCAAUAGAGACCAGGCUUCAGUAGCAUGCCAAAACAGACUGACGAUACAAUCAAACGUUCAAAGUGCAUUACAGACUAGUAAUCUGUACAAAGGUAGAAAUUCAACUCGCGCGAGAUGCACGGGAACAACAUGGAUUAUGGUGAACUGGGUGUUCUAUUUAGCCUGAUCGUUUGAACCUCGCUCAGAGUAUUCUCAAGAAUGGAAGGUGAAUCCGAAGGAGCUCUUGCAUCCAAUCUGUCUUAAAAUCGUAGCCGCUGUUUCUACAUAGGGUCCCAAAUCAAAUCCUGUAUGCACAUCGUUAAUCAGCCUACGGAAUACCAUUCGAUCACGAGUAAAUUUGAAUCCUCAUAAAUCUAACGAACUCGAUAGGCAUUUAAUACAGAGCAAUAAUAUUUGCCCGAUUGAAACGUGCAAAUCGUGUCAAGAAUAUACACCAAAUGUUCAAGCUAAAUGGCUCACCACGUGAGAUACUAUAAAUAAUAUAUUAUAUUGUACAUAUCAAACCAGGACUUUACCUUAGACCGUAUAUUGUGAUAGCGUGAGAUAUAUAAUGUAAAUGGUAUACACCUAUUUUCAUAUGCAAAACGUUAUACGAGAGGACUCUCUCUUCCUUCUCCGGACAGAAAGAAAAAGAAUCAACCGCCAGGAAACACUGGUGACUUCCAAC